AUGGCCCCAGGUGGCAUGGCUGAUAGGAUAGAUGAGUUCCUUGAAGGAACUCAUACCUACGAUCAAAAUAAUACAGUUGUUAUGAAUGAAGAACUGCGAAGCAUUGCAAUUGCACUUGAUCGGGAAGUGCUCAGUCGCUCACGACUCAUUGAUACACUGGGCAGCGAGGAAGUAGGUGAUGAUGAGACUGAUGAGCAUGAAGCUCGGUUUCAGCGUGUUGAAGAAUCAGAAAAUAGUCCUGCUUAUGUGAUGAGACAUGCCAUUGCUCCGGAUUUGAUAGAUAUCCUGCGGCGGCUACAAGCAGAAUAUGAGGCUCUACGACCUCAUCUUCUUCGUUUUGACAGAAUAUUGAGCUCACGAAUACUGUACAAUAUAGAUGACGCUGAGGUGAGUUACCCCCAAUUUUGUUGAAU